UCUGGGCUAGAGCGGCCGGAGAUGGGCGGGUUGAGUGGCUAGAGAGGCCGGAGGUAAGUGGCUGUUGAAGUCGGGCGGACCCGGAAUCCAGAGGAAACGGGACCAUGACUUAUGCUUAUCUCUUCAAAUACAUUAUCAUCGGGGACACAGGUGUGGGGAAGUCAUGUCUCCUCCUGCAGUUUACAGACAAGCGGUUCCAGCCUGUCCACGACCUCACAAUAGGUGUGGAGUUUGGGGCUCGUAUGGUCAACAUUGAUGGAAAACAAAUCAAACUGCAAAUCUGGGAUACGGUACAGAGAGGUGGGGAGAACUGCUCCAUCAAGAAAGCAAAAGUACCCAUUGUGUGGGGGCAUUGGGGAGCAGCCGGAGCCCUGCUGGUGUACGACAUCACAAGGCGUGAAACCUUCAACCACCUGACCUCAUGGUUAGAGGACGCCAGGCAACACUCUAGCUCCAACAUGGUUAUCAUGCUGAUUGGGAAUAAGAGUGACUUAGAGUCCCGCAGGGAUGUGAAGAGAGAAGAAGGAGAGGCCUUUGCUCGUGAACAUGGACUUAUAUUCAUGGAAACUUCAGCGAAAACAGCCUGCAAUGUUGAAGAGGCUUUCAUUAAUACAGCCAAAGAAAUAUAUAGGAAGAUCCAGCAAGGUUUAUUUGAUGUCCACAAUGAGGCAAAUGGCAUCAAGAUCGGUCCUCAACAGUGUAUUUCAACAUCAGCGGGACCCAGCACCGCCCAGCGGAACUCUGGUGACAUAGAGUCCAACUCUGGCUGCUGCUGAACACCUGGCCUGGACUCUUUUUUUUCCUUCCUGGAAGAGCUUCAGAUCAAUAGGCUUAAAGAAAGAGGUCUUACUUUGGCUGAGAAAAGCCUUUUUCAAGGUGUGAUGUUUUGCCUUUCCACUUAACGACCAGGGGAGAAUUUGGGCCCUUACUGAACUGUCCCUUCUUCAGGGACGUGAGCAUUACCUAUAGAUUAGGGCUCUUCUUAGCCUCCUGUUUUAAUUUCUAAAAUGUUAGGAUAAAAGUUGAUUGUCAUGGCAAUUCAAAAUAAAUUACUUUAGAAGUAUACAUAAUCUGCUCCCCAACAGGACUUAGUAAUAAGAGUCUGGGACAUUCUGCGUGAGCACUUGAGAUAACUGGGAUCUGGCUAGCUCCUCAGUCUAGAAACCUUACUGAGUUUUUCCACAUGCCAUUUUGUAAGAGUUCUUGCAGAAGGCAAUUCCUUCUACUUGAACUGCUCAAGGAUGCUGAAUACUUCUCUACCAUUCUAUUACUAGUUGCCCUGUCUAAGAGUAACUAUGAAACUUUUGAAAACAGUGGAGUUGCUCCUGAACCUCUGGCCACUUACUAUCAUUACCUAAAGAAAACAUCUUUCCCUGUUUAUUUGGUUUUAGGGUCCAGACCUAACGUUGUAGUGUCUCUCACUGAAUAGACCCCUAUUGUCUCAUCACACUCACUUCUUAAUGGGACUUGUUGAGACUUUUUAUUCUAAUCAAGCUAACCUGCUUACUUACUGGACAUCAUAUUUACUUCUACUUCUCUGUCCUUGCACAUGCCCUACUCUCUGCUAACAUUAUACUCAAAGUCCAAAACUUUUUCCUUCAAAGUCUUUGACUGACCUAAGAACUUCUAAACAAUUAUUGACACAGCACCCCUUAGCUUUCAUAUGUUGUUUAUUCAUAUGUAUAUUAAUUUGUAUUUAUGUUGCUUUGUAAAUAUGUUUUAUAGUUGUUUUGUGUGUGGAAUUUGUCUCCUCACAUAAGUUGUAAGCUCCUUGAGAGAAGGGACCAUGUUAUCCCUAUACUUUUGUAAACCGCUCCCUCCACCAUCCCUUCACAGUGCCUAGUGCUAUUUAUGUGGUCAUUGAAUUUAACUGACAUACUUAAAGACUUGGACAAGUCUAUUUUAAACUUCAGAGGAAACAGAAGUCAUCUAUUUGUAACUCUAUCUCAGUCUCUUCCAUCUGCGUACCCUGGGUUAUUCUAUAUUGCUCUUUUCCCUCUCCUCUCUUUCCCUUCCCUAGCUCUUUGCUUCCAUUUCAUGCAGUGUACAGUAAAUCUGCCUGCUUCUAAGCAGUCUAGUGAGUGGGUACUUCUCUAGCCAUUCUCCUUUUCAAGAGCAUAUAUAAUACUAUCCUAGCCAAAUUUGCCUUGGCUUCCUCAUCAUUCAGUCUUCUGGGUCAAUUGCUGAAUCUUUUUGCUGUGAUGUCCCAUACUACUACACAAUACUGAGGUCUCAUGAAUUUUUCUAAUUUUUUUGUUGGUGGUGGAGAAUUGUUUCAUUAUUAAAUAUAUGCAUGUAUCCAAGCCGCUCAUAUUUCAUGUGUCAUUUCUGAUUGUAUCCCAAACAUAAGUAGAUACUUUCCUUGUAGGGAAUUAUAUCAAAGGUAUUGGAAGAAGUACUCCUUGAGAUACAUCCAUUCUGUACUGGAUUCUGCCCCCACUAGUAGUAGUAACAGUUAACCCUGCACCACAGGAAGUGGAAGACAUUUUGGGUAUUGCUUUGAUUAUGCUUUUAUUUUUU